CAAUCUUGCCCUUUUCCUGCAGACAACCAUGAACCUGACUGUUCCUCUCGUACUGCUUGCCACGGCUUGUGCGGUCAGUGGCACUCGACUGCCCAAAGCCUUAUGGCAGUUUGGGAACAUGAUCAAGUGUGCCCAGCCAGGAGCAAACCCUCUGAAGUACAACGAUUAUGGCUGCUGGUGUGGGUUCGGGGGCACGGGAAGCCCACGGGAUGAGCUGGACAUGUGCUGUUACGUCCAUGACAAAUGCUACGAAAGAAGCAGAAAGAUUCACGGAUGCCAGGCCAUCGCUGAUCUUCCGUAUGUUCUGGUUUACGAUUUCACCUGCUCAGAGAAACAAGUCACAUGCUCAGCCACGAAUAACAAGUGCCAGGCUGCUGUGUGUGACUGCGAUCGUGUGGCAGCUCACUGCUUCGAACAGGCCAAGUUCAACCCUGAAAACAAAAACUUGGAUCCGAAAGUCCACUGUGUUAACUGAGCAACGCAAACAAUAAAGAAUAAAAACUUUU